AUGGAUUCCGAGGCCCCCGCUUUCCAGAUACCGCCUGUAUGGGCAAGCUGGAAAAAUUGGGAGUCAGUGGCUUUGAGUGUUUGGGAAAUACCAGCUGAGGUCAACACUUACGACUUGUGGGAUUGGUUCCAGGACAAAGGAACCAUUAUUUGUAUUGAUAUCUUCGAAACUCGGGAAGGCAAGGACAAAAGUCGAGGCAGAAUUCGCUUCAAACCUCCUCCUGCUACUGACUUCUGGAAUAAGGGGACAUACCCCGUCACGCUGAGGAGCGAUCGGUCAUACUCUUUCAAGCUCUCCGUUGAUCUCAAUUAUCAAAGCCCGGUAGUUCCAAGUCCAGUGCGUCAGGGAGUGUUAUGUCCAGCGGAAAUUGAGUUCGACCUUGCCAGUUUUGACAUUGGUGUUCUGUUGGGUGAGAGUUCUUUUGCUCCAUUGCAUGGUUUUAAGACUUUCGAUUCUAAGAAUUCGGAUUCUUUGAAGGCCGUCAUUGAUGUCAAGCAAAGAUCGAUGUUCAUAUACUUCAAGCUGGUAGUCAAGACGUCACAAAACCCCGCGGACAACGCCCAAGAAAAACCAUCUUUCUAUCGUGCCAGGCUGAAGUUUUUUGAUAUCUCUCGAAUUUGGGAGAUAUUUGAUCAAAUAACAAACAACCGCUCACUUGCCAUCGUGCUCAAAUCCCCGGCCCUAUUCUAUCGACAAGUAACAAAUUUCGAACCCACCUUCAAGUCGGAUAUUAGCUGGAGAAAUACCGACACCUGGUAUCGCCAGACUGCCAUAGUUCACCAUCCUCUGCGACAAGCCAAGCUUACUACUAACCUACGAAAGUCUGGUCAUAUUAUCGACCUCGGUAGAUGGAACGUGUUUCGGGUCACAUUCUCCGCAGAGGAUGUUAGUAAGGAAACCUCCACCGUCAUAAAGGAGAUAUUGAAAGACCACAAUAUUGUUGUUCAAGAUGGAAGCUCUCUCACUGAAAAUCAAAACUGCCCCCCGGCAGUCUGGGAUUGGAUUGAUUUCUCGGACUCUCCUCAUUACCGGACUUCUUAUCAUACCCUUACCAAACUGUAUAACAAUGAAAUUGUUUACCUACCUUUUGCUGUUCGAUAUCAGCUCGAAGUGUGUAUCUCUCAUGGACUUUUCUCGGAAUUUGCAAUCACGAAGGGAUUUCUUUUGAAACUAAUGAACCUCGGGGAGCCCGAAGCUCAGCGACUACUGGAGCAUGUGGCGACCAAGAAGAAUUACUAUCCUAGCCCUAUGAAAGUGUUCGCCCUUGAGUGGUUCAAAGGGGUGAGGCAGUCGAGAAUCCCGAAAUAUUGCUGUUUCAUGCGCACGGCCCGAGUAACACCAACUACGAUCUACUACAAUACGCCUACAGUGGACACUUCCAAUCGUGUGACUCGUCGAUAUAUUGAGUUUGCUGAUCGAUUUCUCCGAGUUCGAUUCACGGAUGAAGUUACACACGGCCGAAUCAAUUCUUGUCCCAAUGACAGCAAUGAUGAGAUUUUCACCCGCAUCAAAAGAACCAUGGCCAAUGGAAUUACAAUUGGAGACCGCCAUUUUGAGUUCCUAGCUUUCGGGAAUUCUCAGUUUCGCGAGCAUGGGGCCUACUUCUUUGCACCCCUUGCUACUCUCACAGCUGCUCACAUGCGAGCAUGGAUGGGACAAUUCAAACAUAUCAGAAACGUUGCUAAACACUCAGCGCGACUAGGCCAGUGUUUCUCAACUACUCGCGCUAUUUUCGGCUCUCCAGUUGAGAUUCGUAGACAUGAUGAUAUCGUCCACGACGGUCACAAUUUCUCCGAUGGAGUCGGCAAAAUCUCCAAGUUCCUUGCCGAAAUGACUAUGAACGAAUUGAAAAUCAAAACUUCAACAGGUCGUUAUCCUUCGGCAUUUCAGUUUCGUCUUGGUGGCUGCAAAGGCCUGCUUGUGGUUUCUUCAGACCCUCGACCAAACGAGAUACAUAUCCGAAAUAGUCAGUUCAAAUUUGAAGCUGAAUCCAAUGGUUUGGAGAUAAUUCGCUGGUCGCAGUUUAACGCCGCAACCUUAAACCGUCAACUAAUCCUCGUUCUUUCAGCCUUGGGAAUCACCGACAAAACGAUCCAUAACAAGCUCGACGUCAUGUUGAAGGAUUUUAACAAAGCCAUGAAAGACGAUGUUCAGGCAAUUACAUUGCUGCGAAAAUUCGUUGGUCCCAAUGAAAUGACAUCUAAAUUUGCCAAGAUGGUAUCCAAUGGUUUUAGAAUAAACAAUGAGCCCUUUGUCAAUUCUAUGCUUCAGCUAUGGAAAGCAUGGCAUCUGAAAUAUCUUAAAGAGAAAGCCCGAAUCAUCAUCGAGGAGGGCGCAAGUUUGUUUGGCUGCGUCGAUGAGACGGGAAUACUGAAGGGUCAUUUCACUGACACGGUUGAAAAUAUCCACGAGAAUUCGACCUAUGAGCAGAAGCUUGAUACCCUUCCAGAGAUAUUCGUGCAGAUUUCCCGGCUAGGGAAAGACAGUGUGUCCGAGGUGAUCAAAGGAGUUUGUAUCUUGGCUCGAAAUCCAUCACUUCACGCAGGUGACGUUCGUGUUGUGCGUGCAGUUGACAAGCCAGAACUCAGGCAUCUGCACAAUGUUGUGGUAUUACCCCAGACUGGCGAUCACGACAUUGCUAGCAUGUGCUCUGGUGGUGAUCUCGAUGGUGACGAUUACCUCGUGUUAUGGGAUAAAGACUUAAUUCCACGCGAUUGGUUUACAAAGCCAAUGCAAUAUAGUGGAAAGAAGGCUCCGGAUCUAGAUCACGAUGUUACAGUUGACGAGAUUACCUCAUUCUUUGUGACAUACAUGAAGUGUGACUACCUGCCACGGAUUGCCCAUGCUCACAUGGCCCUUGCUGACUGGUUUGAGCUUGGAGUGCGCCAUGACAAAUGUAUUCGCCUGGCAAAACUACACUCAGACGCUGUCGACUACAAUAAGACAGGGGCUGUCGCCAAAAUGGGACGUGAUUUGGAGCCUCGCAAUUGGCCACACUUCAUGGAAAAGAGGAAUCAACCCAUGGGAAAGAUUUACCACUCAAGAAAGAUUCUCGGUCAGCUUUACGACUCGGUGAAACUUGGAGACUUCACACCAAAUAUCAACUUGCCAUUUGACUCACGCAUCCUCACUUGUGACCUGGUUCCUGCAAGCAAUGCUUAUCUUGUAUUUGCUAAAAAGCUCAAGGCUGAGUAUGAUGACGCUUUGCGCCGCAUUAUGUCGCAGUUCGAGAUUAAGACCGAGUUCGAAGUGUGGUCAACCUUCGUUCUUGAGCACAAUUCACUUUGCCACGACUUCAAGAUUCAUGAAGACUUAGGCCGCAUGUCCAGUCAGCUCCGCGAGGGGUUCCGGAAAUUAUGCUAUGAGGAAGUCGGUGGCCGUUCAUUUGACGAUAUUGCGCCUCUAGUCGUGGCUCUCUAUCGUGUCACACAGCAUGACACAUCUGAAGCUUUGAGAAAGAUUAGAGAGAAGGGCGCUGACGAUUAUGAUGACGAGGAGUCCACUCAUAGUUCUGAGGAUGAACAGGUUCGGACUCCGUUGAUCAGCUGUCCUUGGAUCUUCCACGAGUUCCUGGGGAAGAUUGCAACAGGCCAGUACGCCAAAUCAAUUCUCAAUACUGAGCAGGCCAUUGCCACUCAGCCUCGCCCAAAAACCAAAAUCUAUUCCCAAGAAGAAGUUCAGAAGCUUCUGGCAGAGUUCUACGACACUAUUCAGACUGAAUCUUUUUCUGAGACUAAAGCUAGCGAUUCUGUCGGCGGGAGCCCUGAGAUUUCGCCCCUGUUUUCCAAGACAGCUGCUGAAGACAGUGGUUCUGAAGUAGACGCGGGAGAAAUACAAGAGCCUGCUACUAGGGUCGGGCUUGGUGUUAGUCUUGGUGGGAACAAGCAGAAGAUCAAUAGCACCAACGAGAAGGACGAGAUCUGGGGUGAAAGCAACAAAGAGAAUCGGAAUGUCUACGAACAAAAUUCAAUUAUCAAUGUGACACCACGCAGAGGAGAUGAAGUUGAAGACGUUGAAAUGGGUGUAGAAAAUGCCAUCGAUAUCAUUGAGGAGGAGGGUGAUUUGCGGCCCAAUGCUGUUGACAAUUUGUUGCGCAUGCUCGGUGAGGAUUGA